AUGUCCAUAAAUACGAAUGCGCGAAACGAAUUCAACAGACGAAUCGCAGAAGAGAGAAGAGAGACAGAAGACACAGAGACGCGAUGGAAGAGAGUUCGUUCCAGCCACCGGUCGCGUGACACCCCACAUAUUUUCUUUAUCUCAUAUAUUCAUGUGAUCUUUUCUCUUUCUUUCUUUCUUUCUUUCUUUCUUUCUUUCUUUCUUUUAAUCCCUUCAUAUAUUCAUGUGAUCUUUUCUCUUUCUUUCUUUCUUUCUUUCUUUCUUUCUUUCUUUCUUUCUUUCUUUCCUUCUUUCUUUCUUUCUUUUAAUCCAUUCAUAUAUUCAUGUGAUCUUUUCUCUUUCUUUCUUUCUUUCUUUCUUUUAAUCCCUUCAUAUAUUCAUGUGAUCUUUUCUCUUUCUUUCUUUCUUUCUUUCUUUCUUUCUUUCUUUCUUUCUUUCUUUCUUUCUUUCUUUUUGAUCCCUUCAUAUAUUCAUGUGAUCUUUUCUCUUUUUUCUUUCUUUCUUUCUUUCUUUCUUUCUUUCUUUCUUUCUUUCUUUCUUUCUUUUAAUCCCUUCAUAUAUUCAUGUGAUCUUUUCUCUUUCUUUCUUUCUUUCUUUUAA